AUGAUGAGCUCAUUCAGGUUACAAGUAUCACUCUGUGUUUUAUUUAUUGUGAGAAUUGUAAUAUGUUAUAACAAUAUUUGUGAUCUGGAAUCUGAACCGGGGAUUUGUAGAGCAUAUUUCAAACGUUAUUUCUACAACAAGAGUUCAGGUGAAUGCGAAAAAUUUGUGUAUGGAGGCUGUGAAGGCAACGCGAAUAAUUUCCAGACUUUAGAGGAAUGCCUGCGCACUUGUGAAACAAACAGAACUGGUCGUCCAUUGACUACACAGAGUAUUUGUUAUCAUCGAAUGGAUGAAGGUCCAUGUAGAGCUAUGAUAUCAAGAUAUUUUUACAACGUAAGUGCUCAGAAAUGCAUGGAGUUUAAAUAUGGAGGAUGUGGAGGUAACAGAAAUAAUUUUGAGACACAGGAAAACUGUGAAACCACCUGCAGAAAAAGUGAAUUAUUUAACCGAAAUGACUGUAAAUUACCUAGUGAAACUGGUAUAUGCAGAGGUUAUAUCACACGUUACUACUAUAAUGUGGAUACCAGUACGUGUGAAAAAUUUAUAUAUGGAGGCUGUCUGGGAAAUGAAAAUAAUUUCGAGUCGCUUGAAGAAUGUCAACUGAAAUGUGAAAUACAUCAUUAUUCGAGAACUGAUCCCUCAGCCACAAAACCAUGCACAACAACUGUCAAACCGCGCACAACACCUACAUCUACCACUAUGUCAGGUGGAGGAAGUCGAAGUGAUCCAAAACGAAAAACAACUAUUAGUACAUCAGUAAAGAUAUUUUUGGGUCUUCUUCAAAUGAAAGAAAAACUAAAGGAUCUAUUUAACAGAAUGGGAUGA